AUGUCGCAGCAGCUUUUAGAGCGGUUUUCACAAGGUCCUCAAGAAGAUCCAGAUUCUUCACUUCCAUUAGACCCCACUGCCAUCAACUCAACCGGUUUUGACGAUACACCACUUCCGGAUCCAACUGAAGUUUCUACUCGGACUCGUCGUCCACAGGUCAAACUUACCGCCGAGAAAUUGCUCUCUUCAGGUGGUUUGCCCAAAAUUAUGAAAGAAGCUCCUAAAAAGACCCGAUUUUCGAGCCGAAAGUCUUCUUACGACAAUCUCACACACUUUCUGCAAUUCUAUCAGCUUUGGGCUAACGAUUUGUUCCCCAAAGCGAAAUUUCAUGACUUUGUAACCAUAUGUCGAACUCUCGGCAAGACCGAUAAAGAACUCAGAAACUACAGAAUCGAACUUGUUCGUCGAGAACUUGGGAUUUCAUCGGUAGAUGAGCCCGGCAUGGAAUCUGAAGCUCAAAGCGAAACUUUACCACCAAACGUGGUUGAAAAUAUGCCUCCUUCGGACCCGCCCUCUCCGUCAACACGCACGCUCCCCGCUGCGGGGAAUGGCCGAGAACCUGCAGUCGACCCCACGUCUGACGAGGAUUUGAUCUACGAUCGCAGCCACACUGGCGAACUUCGGACCGCUGAAGUUAAUGAGCCCCCACAAGACGGACAACAGCAACAAAAACAAUCGCAGCAAAAAACAAGUUUCGCAAUUGCCCAACAAGAUCAAACUGAGUCUGAACUACCUCAAGAGCUUUCAGAUCCUACAGUGGACCUUUCACAAUUUUCUAAGGCUGCGACCAAAAUACGAGAAGACAAUGAAGACGAAGAUGAAGACGAAUUGGCUUUAAUGCGCGAGUUUGGUAUGUAG